ACAAUCAUACUCUCUUCGUACGGUUAACAACCCGAUAUCAGAUAUUGUACGGCCAUGAUCUCUCACCUCCAUUAACUCAUGUGCACGCGAGUUUUCCAGGACACUUACAGAAACCCUUCUACUCCCCUGCUAGGAAAGGUUUACUGUCUCUUCCUCUCAAUUUCUCAGCUCUAUAAAUUUAUUUUCUUUUCUUUCAUUUUUUUUUGAAUUUUCAACUACCCAGAGAAAUCUCAAGAGUCACAUUAAGCCAUGCCCACCAACGAGAACUUCUCAGGUGUUUCGAAUUGCUAUGUUUUCAAGAGCCGAUUGCAGGAGUAUGCACAAAAAGUGGGUCUUCCCACACCUGUUUAUGAGACUAUCAAGGAAGGCCCUUCCCAUGAACCCUCUUUUAGAUCAACAGUGAUAGUAAAUGAUGUUAGACAUGAUUCCUUGCCUGGAUUUUUUAAUCGCAAGGCAGCAGAGCAGUCAGCUGCUGAAGUUGCUCUCAUGGAGUUGUUAAAGUCUGGUGAAGUUAACCAAAGCAUCUCUCAACCUGUUCAUGAGACCGGCUUGUGCAAAAAUCUACUACAGGAGUAUGCACAGAAGAUGAAUUAUGCAAUUCCGGUAUACCAGUGCCAGAAGGACGAAGCACCAGGUCGAGCGCCUCACUUUUCGUGUACAGUUGAGAUUGGAGGCAUUCGGUAUAUUGGAGCUGCGGCAAGAACCAAAAAAGAAGCAGAGAUCAAAGCUGCCAGAACUUCUUUAUUGGCUAUACAGUCAAGUACUUCAGAACUAUCUAAUAAGGCAGUUGGCAACUCUCAGCUAACAGUUAUUCCUUGCAGAAAGAGGGCAAUGGAGACUAGUAAUCCUGAGGAGACUGUGAAUGUUCCUAAGGCAAAGAAAGGUCGAUUCAAGAAGAAAACGUUGAAAGCAAAACUCUCUGGGAACAAUGUUGAUUAUUCUCAAGACAAAGGUACAGACAAUUCAGCUGUUGGUAUGGAUGAUCCAGUAAAAUCAGAAUGGGUUCAAACUAAUUCUCUAAGUUCUGAAACCUUAGCUACAGAAGUGGUGGGGAAUCUCCAGGAUACAAAGCUAGACAGUGAUUUGAUUGAGAGAGUGCCUUCUGCAGAAGUUGCAUUGCCUCCCCAGGGUGCUGAUAAUUCUCAAAAUGGUCAGUUAAGAGCUGUGAAUUGUAUUCAUUGCAAUCAUGAGGCUCCAGAUGUGGGAAACUCGUCCAUGGUUUAUGCAGAUGUAACUGCUUUGGUUAAAGUGACUGAUGGUGUUGAGGUGGCUUCAAUGGUUAACGAUUCCUCUUUGAGUCAGAUGGAGGCUUCAAAAAUCAUGACUGGCUUAAACCAAGCAGUAGAAAGGAUCCAUGCAAAUGCAGGCCAAGCAUAGUGCCUAGAAGAUGUAGAGGCUGGCUUGAUUGCCAGGAUUUAAUUUUGCGACUAGAGAAAACAGUGGAUGGAGCGAAUAGGACAAAUCAGGACUCUUAACAGAUUUCUUUACAGACACCUUGAGAAUUUUGCACGAAUUAGUAAAUUCAAGUUGCUGUUCUUUGCUUCAAUAUUUUUCAUUUUUAUAUUAUUUGUAAAUUGGGAAAUUCGCAGCAGGUUCCAGAUAUGAGUGCCGUUAUUGUGGAUUCAAAUGCAUGCAUUUGAGUAAUGAAGAGCAACUUACAUCUUCUUGCAUUCAAUGCAGUGUCUAUCAUCCUAUUGUUUCUGUAAGGAUAGUGAACCCAUUGUUUUCAAUCUUCCAUGUGUUGUGGUUCAUCUCCUUUGCGUGAACCAGUUGAUCAUGCUAUGUGCCCAGCAAUAUUUUCCCACUCCAACCCACAAAGCAUGUAAGGAAUGAAAGCUUUUGCAAAAGCCUUUUGUUUGU